AUGACCAAAUUUAGAGGUUGUAUAGAUAUACAUUCAGGUCAAGUGAAACAAAUAGUAGGUGGAACACUAACAUCGAACGAACAAGAUUCCAGCACUAAAGAAAAUUUCGUAUCAACAAAACCAUCAUCAUACUAUGCACAAUUAUAUAAAGAUCAUAAUCUAAAAGGUUGUCAUGUCAUUAAACUAGGGUCCAGUCAAGCCAAUGAUGAAGCUGCGGAAUUGGCAUGCAAAACAUGGCCAAAUGGAUUACAAGUUGGUGGAGGGAUCAAUUUAGAUAAUGCACAAGAUUGGUUAAAUAAAGGAGCUUCACAAAUUAUUAUAACGAGUUGGUUAUUUAGCGACAACAAUGGUACAAUGGAGUUGGAUUUUAAUAAACUUGCUCAAAUAAGUAAGAGGGUGGGGAAAGAUAAGUUGAUUGUUGAUCUAAGUUGUAGAACAGUUGGUGAAAAUGAAUGGUAUGUUGCAAUGAAUAAAUGGCAAACUACUACAGGAAAUAAAUUAAGUAAAGAAUUUUUGGAGAAAGUUAGUCAAUAUUGUGAUGAAUUGCUAAUACAUGCAGCUGACGUUGAGGGAUUAUGUAAAGGAAUAGAUGAAAAAUUAGUGGAAAAAUUAGGUAAAUGGUGUCCUGAAAAUUGUAGUAUAGUUUACGCUGGUGGUGCAAAAUCAAUAGACGAUUUACAACUAGUCAAUGAAUUGAGUGAUGGUAAAGUUGAUCUUACAUUUGGAAGUGCAUUAGAUAUAUUUGGUGGUAAAUUAGUUAAAUUUGAUGAUUUAAUUAAAUGGAAUCUAAAUAAUUAG